AUGCCGAGGUCUGCCUUGUCAGUCAUUUCCUUUUGUCACCGGCUUGGCAAACAGGAGAGAAAACGGAGCUUCAUGGGGAACAGCAGCAACAGUUGGUCCCACACGCCGUUCCCCAAGCUGGAGCUGGGGCUGGGGUCCCGGCCCACGGCGCCCCGCGAGCCGCCCGCCUGCUCCAUCUGCCUGGAGAGGCCACGUGAGCCCAUCUCGCUGGACUGUGGCCACGACUUCUGCCCGCGGUGCUUCAGCACCCACCGCGUGCCUGGCUGCGGGCCGCCCUGCUGCCCCGAGUGCCGCAAGACCUGCAAGCGGAGGAAGGGCCUGCGGGGCCUGGGGGAGAGGAUGAGGCUCCUGCCGCAGAGGCCGCUGCCCGCCGCCGCGCUGCAGGAGACCUGCGCCGUGCGGGCCGAGCCGCUGCUGCUGGUGCGGAUCAACGCCUCGGGGGGUCUCAUCCUGCGGAUGGGCGCCAUCAACCGCUGCCUGAAGCACCCGCUGGCCAGGGACACCCCCGUCUGCCUCCUCGCCGUCUUGGGGGGGCCACACUCAGGGAAGACCUUCCUCCUCAACCACCUGCUCCAGGGCCUGCCCGGCCUGGCGUCCGGCGAGGGCGGCUGGCCGAGGGGCGGGGGCUCCGGGCAGGGGUUCCGGUGGGGAACCAACGGCCUCUCCAGGGGCAUCUGGAUGUGGAGCCACCCCUUCCUGCUUGGGAAGGAGGGGAGGAAGGUGGCCGUGUUCCUGGUGGACACAGGGGACGUCAUGAGCCCAGAGCUGAGCAGGGAAACGAGGACCCGGCUGUGCGCCCUCACCUCCAUGCUGAGCUCUUACCAGAUCCUCACAGCUUCCCAGGAGCUGAAGGACACAGACCUGGAGCACCUGGAGACGUUUGUCCACGUGGCCGAGGUGAUGGGCAGACACUAUGGCAUGGUGCCAAUCCAGCACCUGGACCUCUUAGUUCGUGACUCCUCCCACACCAGCAAGGCUUGGCAGGGUCACAUGGGCGACAUCAUCCAGAAAUCGUCCGGCAAGUACCCCAAGGUCCAGGGGCUGCUCCAAGGGAGGAGAGCCCGCUGCUACCUCCUGCCAGCUCCUGGGCGGCGGUGGGCGAGCCGAGGCCAUGGAAGCUCAGGCGACACAGAUGAUGAUGCUGGCCGCCUGCGCGCCUACGUGGCUGACGUGCUGAGUGCAGCCCCCCAGCACGCCAAGAGCCGCUGCCCGGGCUACUGGAGCGAGGGGCGCCCCGCGGCCCGGGGGGACCGACGCCUGCUCACAGGGCAGCAGCUGGCUCAGGAGGUCAAGAACCUCUCGGGCUGGAUGGGCAGGACGGGCCCCAGCUGCACCUCCCCGGAUGAGAUGGCCGCCCAGCUGCAUGACCUGCGGACAGUGGAAGCUGCCAAGAAGGAGUUUGAGGAGUAUGUGCGGCAGCAGGACGCAGCCACCAAGCGCAUUUUCUCUGCGCUUCGGGUACUGCCGGACACCAUGCGGAACCUCCUAUCGGCCCAGAAGGACACGCUGCUGGCCCGGCACGGGGCAACCUUGCUGUGCGCCGGGAGGGAGCAGACCUUAGAGGCCCUGGAGGCUGAGCUGCAGGCUGAGGCCAAGGCCUUCAUGGACUCCUACACCGUGCGCUUCUGUGGCCACCUGGCUGCUGUUGGCGGCGCAGUGGGCGCGGGGCUCAUGGGUCUGGCGGGGGGCGUGGUAGGCGCAGGCAUGGCCGCAGCGGCGCUGGCCGCAGAGGCUGGGAUGGUGGCUGCGGGAGCUGCGGUGGGGGCCACGGGGGCAGCCGUGGUCGGGGGAGGUGUGGGUGCCGGGCUGGCGGCCACAGUGGGCUGCAUGGAGAAGGAGGAAGACGAGAGGGUGCAGGAGGGGGACCGGGAGCCCCUGCUGCAGGAGGAGUGA